AUGGACCUGGUAUCAGCGCCCGGCGGGGAGAGCUCGUCGUUGAAGAACCCGGUGGUUGAAAUGGAAGCCGUUGAUAUGGCUGCCACAAACCCGGCAGGCACCAUCAAAGCGGAGAAUACAACUGCAGUGCAGUGCGAAGUGUCUGUUUCUGAGUAUGAGACUGAUAGCGACUCAGGGGAAGAAUGGGAAACACAAUCUCUGUAUGAGGAUGCUAUCCAAAUCUUGAAGGAUGAGCAACUUCGUGAGGGUGUACCGAAUGCCUGCACCCUGGAGGAAGCCGUGGCCUUUCGAGAACGACUUCAUGAAAUCGGCAAGGCUGCGUUCGUUGAAGAGACAAUUGGGCGUGAUACAGUCACUGCGAAGAAGUUGUGUACUGCAUUUGGGAUCAUGCCACCGGCUUUCCUUGAAGGUGCUCCCGACGAGGCUUAUCAUCCCCUACUGGCAAUCGCGAUAUCUCGAGAGUUCUCAAGGCGCCCAAAACUUCCUCAAUACAACACAAUCGACGAUGCGGUCAAAUUACUGAAAGAAUCGAAGAACAUCGUUGUGUUAACAGGCGCUGGUAUCUCUACGAGUCUCGGAAUACCCGAUUUCCGUUCGAAAGAUACUGGACUCUAUUCACAAUUGGAGCAUUUGGGAUUGAGCGAUCCUCAGGAGGUGUUCGACAUUCACAUCUUUCGCGAAGAUCCGAGCAUCUUUUUCUCAGUCGCGAAAGACAUCCUACCAACCGAGAAGAAGUACUCGCCGACACAUGCCUUCAUUCGUCUUCUGCAAGAUAAAGAGAAAUUAUUGACCAAUUAUACUCAAAACAUCGAUAACAUCGAGGCUAAUGCGGGCAUCCACUCGGACAAGAUUCUGCAGUGUCAUGGCUCGUUUGCGACAGCGACAUGUGUCAAAUGCCACCACAAAGUUACUGGUCAAGAGAUCUUCGAGGACAUCAAGCAAGGCAAUAUUCCUGAAUGUGUCGCCUGUAAAGAAAGACUUGACGAGGAUUUAUUGAAACCACAGGGACUCAAACGGAAACGCCUGUCCAACGGGGCGCAGAAAAGCAGGAAGAAUGACCUUGGGGAUAGUUCUGAUGACGAAGACUACGAGAUUCCCACUCCUGGGGUCAUGAAGCCUGAUAUCACCUUUUUUGGCGAGGAUUUGCCUGACGAAUUCGGUCGUCGUCUACUUCAUCACGAUCGUGAUAAAGUGGACUUAGUCAUUGUUAUUGGUACCUCACUAAAGGUCGCCCCUGUGGCUGAAGUCCCUGGUGUGCUGCCACGCCAUAUACCUCAAAUUUAUAUCUCUCGUACUCCUGUAACGCAUACAUGCUUCGACAUUGAUCUGUUAGGUGAUUGCGAUGUGGUUGUCUCAGAGCUCUGUCGACGAGCGGGUUGGGGCUUGAAGCACGACAUGAUCCCGCCAGAUGAGAAGGUUGAGAUCACUCCUGUUGAAGGAUAUGAUUCACGACAUUUGUUCAAGGUUGUUGGUGCAUAA